CAUGGUUGACAGUGAGGCAGCAGCAGUGGCAGCAAUGAUGGCUCACAGCUUCACUCAGGAGUAUUUCCAGAUUCCCGUGGUGACUCGAGCGUACACAACUGCCUGCGUCCUCACCACUGCUGCUGUGCAACUUGAGGUUAUCACCCCCUUUCAGCUCUACUUUAAUCCAGAACUGAUCAUCAAAAGAUACCAGAUAUGGCGCCUGAUCUCCAGCUUCCUCUUCUUUGGUUCUCUGGGAUUCAGUUUUAUGUUCAACAUCAUCUUUCUUUACCGAUACUGCCGGAUGCUGGAAGAAGGCUCUUUCCAGGGAAGGACAGCAGAUUUUGUUUUCAUGUUCCUGUUUGGAGGAAGCGUGAUAACUCAGCUGUUGGGUGUGUUUGCCAAUGUCUUCUUCCUGGGUCAAGCCUUCAUCAUUAUGCUGGUGUAUGUGUGGAGUAGAAGACAUCCCCUCAUACGAAUGAACUUCUUUGGCCUCCUGAGCUUUCAGGCCCCAUUUCUCCCCUGGGUGCUCAUGGGAUUUUCGCUGCUGCUCGGAAACUCCAUUGUGGUCGACCUCCUGGGUAUCAGUGUUGGUCACAUGUACUACUUCCUGGAAGAUGUGUUUCCAAACCAGCCAGGGGGAAAGAAGCUGCUGAUGACACCAGGGCUUUUGAGGACCAUGUUUGACAGGCCGGAGAACCCAGACUACCGCUCCCUCUAUGAAGAGCAGCGGGUUGGAGAACUGCAGCAGGACGACUAACAGCACCCAGACCCCCAAAAUCAAGAGAAACCAGUGUGGAGUCCAGUGUCCUUACAGAGGAAAGUUGAUGUGAAGGACUGACCUUUUCUAAUGACAUGACAGUCAGUGUGUUUAUUUUAACCAUGCAACAUUCAUUUGAUAACACAGGAGGACAGAAAUGGCUUUGGUUAUCUACUAAGAAGGCUGUGCUCUAUGUACAGUGCAUCCAGAAAGUAUUCACUCCGCUUCGCUUUUUGCACAUUUUGUUAUGUUACAGUCUCAUUCCAACAUAGAUUAAAUUCAUUUUCCCCCUCAAAAUUCUACAAAAAAUAACCCAUAAUG